GGAAAACUCGACAACCUCGAAACUCCCAAAGUGGGAUACAUACAUCUACGUACUGCAACUGAGAGCUGGGAAUUCAGAUAGUGACUAUGACAGGAUGGUAGAGAGCCCAGGGAGCCUGCAAGAGCUGGUAGUGGAAUUCAUUGCCAGCCAUGUUAAGGAAGUGUGUACCUCACGCUUUUCACUCAGUGAUGACACCAACAGGCUAUACUUCAGGGAUUCCAAUGCAUUUUGUCAUCAAAAAGUGGCAAACCAUCUCCUUAUGACGCUGGACAGAAAAGGUUUGCUAAAUGAUUUAAAUAUGACUUUAUUUGAUCCUGUGGUACUACGGUUAAGUCAGGUGACUCUGCACCAUGCAAAUAAUGUGACUUAUAAAGGACUAAAAAUUCUCAGAAGUCAUCAGAUACAGUCAGUGGAGGUGAAGAACCUGUCCACAGUGUCGGUGAAUGAGCUCAUUAGUUGCUUUGGCGAGUGGACGCUGAAUAAUAUACAGGCGUUGAGUAUUAGUGGUUCAUCGUUUACAUCUCAUAUGCCACAUGCAAAUUGUAAGGAUCCUUUGUUCUCUACGAAAUUGUAUGUUGGACUUUGCAAGUUAAAAAAUUUGCAUGUUCUAAACCUAAGUGGAACUGAACUAGCUUCUCAUGCACUUUUAAAUGUGUGUUAUAACCUUCAUAUGUUAUCAUCACUAGACAUUUCCAAUUGUACUAAAUUAGAGUCGGUGGAGUGCUUAAUAUUACGGAAAAACACUCUGAAAUCACUGAACAUGUAUAACCUUAAAGUACUACGGAUGCAAGAGACAAGACAAGUGUUGCUCGAACUCAAAGAACUUGUCCACCUUGACAUCAGCGAGAAUAAGAGUAAUCAGGAUCCAAUAGGCCGACUGAUGCCGAUGUUUCCCAUAGUUCCGAGCUUGCUCAGGGAUCGACAGUUUGGUCCAAAUCUACGCUCUCUGGACAUCUCUGGCCAGGACCAAACUAAACUGGAAGACCUUCACUUCUUCCUUAAGAAUCAUUCAAAAAUUGAAUUCCUGGGGCUUAUGCUGACAUCUCUCUGCCUAGACACGCUGUUCCUUGAUGACUACAAUAUUACGGUGACAGGUGUUGCCCGUGCAAAUCAACUGGUGGAAGCACUCAGAAGAUAUCCAUCAAGAAUGGAAUAUGUUCCCAAAAUAUUGUAUAAAAUUUUUAUGUUAACUACACAUUUUGAAGUUCCAAGACCAGAUGUGAUCAAGUGUGUUUACAUGCGCAAGUUGCUGAGUUUGGUGAAGAGGAGGAUGGAGGAAGGGGCGGUGGACAUCACUCUCAAGUUCACUCUCUCUGCUUUAUGGAACCUAACUGAUGAGUCACCAGUAACGUGUGAGGUGUUCCUGGCUGAGAAAGGACUGCACUUGUUUCUUCAGCUUCUAAAUGUGUUUGCCCAAGAUGCAGCUGUUGAGACAAAGGUUCUUGGGCUCCUGAACAACAUUGCAGAAGUGUCUCCUCUUAGAAGUGCCCUCAUCAAUAUACACUUUGUAAAUCAACUAAAGGAAGAGUCGUGAUAAGCUGGGAGCAACCCAAGGAAGAAAUGGUCGCCUACCGCUCUUUCCAGCCUUUCAUACCACUACUGACAGCCCUCAACAUGCACCAGGUUCAGCUGUGGGCGGUGUGGGCUUUACAUCAUGUAACAACCAAAAAUAGCAAACGUUACUGUCACAUGUUGGUGCGCGAGGGAGUGGACGACGUCCUGAGGAAGUUGGUAGCAUUGCCCGCCUCUAAUGCCUCGGUGCGGGAGCUGGCAGGGAAGGUGGUGGACGUGCUGCAGGAGAACGGCUAUACCAAGGAAUUAUAAUAUACGGACUUAUGUAUGAAUGUAAUAUGUUAGUGUGUAGCAUCUCUUCUUAUUUUACCUUCAAGGUAUUUCUGCCAAGUAUAUACUCCCUAUCAACAGAUAAAGAUAUUCCUAUGCUGAAAUAAAGGACUAACCAAAA